AUGGCACCGCUCCUACUCCUCCACAUGCAAAUGCAAUGCUUCAUUGUAAUGCUGUGGAAGUAUUUUAGAACAUGGAGAAAACGUGUGCUUGCCAUCCAAGAUUGGAUUCACGAAAUACCUUUACAGUCGAUCAUCACAUGUCUAUUUACGCUACUGGCUACUGAUUUUCUGUUUAUUGAGUAUUUGAAUAUUGAAAUCCUAAAUGCCGAAAAACAAAAUGCUUGGUCGAGAAACCCCGGGACAGAAGGACCGAUAUUAUAUUCUUUAGAGAGUGAUAUGGUUUUACCUGCAGAUUUAGUGCAGUCCUCGACGGUCUUGCAGUAUUUCCGUCAUCCAGCUACAUUUACCCGCGCCUUCAAAACACAAACCCUUUUCCGAAGUCGUAGAGGAAGAAAUCCUCAAGCGAUUGCAUUAGUUUUAUCUCGAUAUCGAUCUGCACGUAUUGUACACUGA